AACUUCCAUAUGCAGUGGGUAUGGCCUUAAAAAGCAAAACAAAACAAAAAAAAACAUGUAACUUCUGAACAGUGUGACCUACUGUAAGUUAGAGCUUCACUCACUUGAAGAGUAUUUAUUGAGCACCUAGAUGACCAGGGCUGGACCAAGCGCCGUGAGUGAAGCAGGAAGCAGGAAGCCAAGCAGGCCUCUACAGACAGCUCCAGGCUGUACUCUUCCUCGACUCACUCGGUCUUUCCCUUGGUGUCAGCUACCCAGAGCUGCAGCUCCACACUCGGCACCCAGCCCCGGACGAGGUCACCGGUUGGAAUUGCUGUGACCUGCCUGCCCGCCUCCCGCGCCAGGCAGCAGAUCCCAGGGUGGGUUCACUCCAUCCCCAGGGCUCGCACUGAGCUUGGUGCCUGCAGGCCUCAGGCAGAACGAGAGGAAUAGGGGUGACCAGCGUAUAGCCCCAUGUUCUCCCUUUGCCCAGGGGGCAGGGCCUGGGCCUGCCCUGGGAAGAGCGCCCAGGUGUCGCUUCCCAGCCUGACCAAGACCCACUGACGGGUGAUGGCCGAGAGGGAGGAAGACGAGGAGGAAGCCUGGCUGCAGCUCCGGCCGGUGGAGCCCUUGCCCUCCCAGUGCUGCGGCAGUGGCUGCUCGCCCUGUGUGUUCGACCUCUACCAGCGGGACCUGGCAAGGUGGGAGGCAGCCCGAGCCAGCAAGGACAGGAGCCUGCUGAGAGGGAGCACGUCCCAGAGCUGCCCCUCCGAGCUGAACCCGGAGACCUUCAUGGCCUUUCGCAUCAGUGCCGUGGACAGGCUCUCUAAGGACACCUACCUAGUCCGGUUCGCGCUACCUGGAAACAGCCAGCUUGGCUUGCGACCUGGCCAGCACCUCAUCCUACGAGGGACAGUAGAUGACUUAGAAAUUCAGAGAGCCUAUACACCCAUCAGCCCUGCCAACACAGAAGGAUACUUUGAAGUUUUAAUCAAGUGCUACCAGACUGGGCUGAUGUCCCAGUGCGUUAAGUCCUGGCGAGUAGGAGACGCGGCUUUCUGGCGAGGACCUUUUGGAAGCUUCUGCUAUAAACCAAACCAGUACGGUGAGCUCCUCAUGCUGGCUGCAGGCACCGGCCUGGCCCCCAUGGUGCCCAUCCUGCAGAGCAUCACAGACAACGCCGAGGAUGAGACCUUUGUCACCCUGGUCGGCUGCUUCAAGACCUUUGAGGGCAUCUACCUGAAAGCCUUCCUCCAGGAGCAGGCCCGUUUCUGGAACGUCCGCACCUUCUUUGUCCUCAGCCAGGAGAAUUCCCCGGAGCAGCUUCCCUGGAGUUACCGGGACAAGACCCGCUUUGGCCGCCUGGGCCAGGACCUGGUUGACGAGCUAGUGGGCUCCUGUCGGAGAAAGCCGUUUGCCUUGGUCUGUGGCUCAGCUGAGUUCACCCAGGACGUGGCCAGGUGCUUGCUGAGCGCGGGCCUGGCCGAGGACGCCUACUUCCUCUUCUAGGCCUGGCCUCGCUUCUAAAGCGCAGCUUCUGGCGCUGGGACGCAGGAAGGGGCACAGACUGGAAUCCAGAGACCUGCAUGCAAGACCACUGCUGACUCUCCGGGUGACCCGGGCCCGUCUUUACCUCUGCAUGCCUCCUUUUCUCAUCUACCCCACGAGGGUACUGACCCCCUUGGGCAGGCAUCCUGCUGGGUGGAGGGAGGUGGGAGAUCAUGCCUGUGGGAGCCCGGGGAGGAGAGGACCCAGCUAGGAGUCAGGGAGGACCUCCCCGACCCCAGAGCGAGCCAGGUGUGGGCUAAGUUGGCAGGAGAACGGAUGGAGGGAGCUUCCUGGUUCCUCAGGUCCCCUGGGGCCCUGCCCUGUCAGGCCCGUGCCACAGCCUGCUUUCCCUGGAGACUGCAUCUCUUGUGGCCUCAGGGCUGGCUCCCAAGAGCUGCUCCCCGCCUGUUUAAGGAAGGACCGCAGGGGCGAGCUCUUUGGAGGAGGAACUCGCCAAUGUUGUUCCUCCAGCGCCGCCGCGAGCCUGACCCGAUGGAAGUCCUGGGUUCUGUGACCUGACCUUGUCUCAGAACAAGGUGGGGCCCUAGAUUAUCUUUAUGUUGUUUCGGCCCCAGGCCUUUCCUGCUGCAGAGGCUCAGUCUCCCUCCCCUGGCUCCAGCCCAGCCCAGAGUCCUUUCCCCAGCAAAAGAGGCCCUGAAAGCAGAUGCCCCUCCCUCCCGCAGGCAGCCAGCUCAGCCGAGCCUUCAGCACCCUGGUGACAGUUGCUAUGGAGAUCUAAAGAUAGAGCAGGAGUCAGGAGACCUGGGUCCUUCUUCCUGCUCUGCCCACCUAGCUGCUGCAGAUUCGGAUCCACCCACCCCUCCCCUUCAGACCCCACCCUCUCCAUUCUGCACAGGGCAUGCCCUCCCCAGGGAACUCGGCACUCCUGGGCAUCACACCGCAGUUAAAGAAUUCUGCUUUUUGCAGCCUGGGCUCCAGUGUGCGGCACCAGCUCAGGCUGGCUACAGGCAGUCCCAGGACCAGAAUAUUAAGCCAUGGGAUCACGGAAUCAGAGAACCAUAGAACUGCAGAGUUAGAAUUUUGCAGUCAGAGACUCACAGUCCUCAUCAUAGCAGAGAUUAAAGCUCAGGGCUUCAAAAAGCAUCCUGUCAAUCAGACUCAUUGUAGCCAGGAGGCCACAUGACCUGCCCAAGGUAAAGCAGUUCAUGACAGGGCCAGUGUUAGAUGCCAGAUCUCUAGUGUCAGCCCUGAUUUCGGAAUGUUCUCGGUGAUUUUUAAACUGGGCUCUGCAGGACACUAUGGUUCCACGCAUGGUGGCCCAGAAGGGAUGGCCAGCUGGGAUCGCCAGGCCUCCCUUCAACCAGCGCAGUUCUGUUUUUACCCCUUUUAUAUCUGGGCGCUUGGUGUCAUUUUCAUUUGUGAAACAGGGUUUUCCCGCACUGCCUAAAACGUUGUAACAAAUCUCUGCACUGUGCCAUCGUCAAUAAAUAAUCAUGACACGCC